GUGAAGACUAUAAAGGGCAUGCGCUGGUGACAUUCUCUGCGUGCCGACUUCCCGAGUCCAGUACUAUUGAUCAUGACAAAGUUCUCAGGUAUAUUAUUAAUCAAUUGGACAAAUUGCAUGGUGAGGAGUACGUCUUAGUCUACUUCCACACGGGUAUGCAUGCGUCGCACCGGCCACCUAUGGAGUGGUUCUACAGGGCAUGGGACACCAUCAGCCGCACACAUCGUAAAAGCCUUCACCAAGCAUUCGUCGUACAUCCCACUUUCUGGUUCAAGAUGGUGAUGGGCAUCGCGAGGACAUUUGUCAGUGUGAAGGUCUGGGACAAAAUCGAGUAUAUAGAAAACCUGGCGGAGCUCGUGAAAUUCAUACCGUAUGAUGAGAUUGAUGUUCCGGCUCUGGUGAAGCACUAUGACAAAACUCGCAACUACGACUAUGAUGCAGAUAAAAGAGAAUUUGCACAGUUCGGAGUGCCGCUAGCGGAACUCGUUGAUGAGUCGCGGCCCAUUCCACUGGUAAUGACUGUGACAGCUGAAGCGGUACGAGAAACGGGGUUAGAAGUCGAAGGGAUAUUUAGAAAAUCGGGUGGGCUCAGGAGAAUCAACCUGUUUAAGGAACGAUUCAACCAGGGUCAUACUGUCAGGUUCUUGGAAGAAGACGCUAUCGUUGCUGCCAAUCUAUACAAGAUGUUUCUGAGAGAACUACCCGAGCCCUUAAUACCACAACAAAUAUAUGAAUAUCUCACCACAUUAACAGAUUUAGAAGAAAGUCAAUACGAAUACGGGGCAGCGCAGAUCCUGAGCCGACUACCCGAGGUCAACCGCCUGUGUCUAGAGCAUGUGGUUUUUUUGGCCCAAGAUGUGGCCGUCUACUCCGACAUUAAUAUGAUGACCGUUACCAACCUCGCUAUUGUGUUCGGUCCCAAUCUCGGGGGCCCUGCGGAUAUGGCGGGCUCCAUGAAGGCUCUCUCACAUCUUACGAGGUUUACUAAGUAUAUAUUCAGCCAGAAAGCAGCUUCGUCCUUCUCUCAGAGGAGGCGGAUAGGUGAUCGAAACGCAUUGUCUCGGAAAGGGGCGGUAUUCGAGAGGAAACAGAACACCAGUUAAUACAUUAAAGGGAAUACUACAUACUAACAUUCAGAUUCUCAGACACAUACCCUAUCGCAGAUUCGUAGACUCCUUAUUUACACACCAUGGUGAUCGGGGACCGUGGAAUU